ACUGCAACACGCAGCUGGCUGUUAGAAAAGCAGGAAGGAUGUGCCUUUUUUUCACAUGAUUAGCUAGCUAACUGCACUCUGGUAUAUGUAAGACACCGGUUUCUUUACGUGAUAUGCGUUAAGAGGUGUAUGGCAUGACCUCAAUGCUUUUGCAGAACAGAAAAAUUUCAGAAUAAAACUACACUAAUGCUGAUGAUAAGUCCAAGAAUGGCUACAGGAAUGCAAGAGAAACAGUACACUCCAUCCUUGCUUAAUUUUUUCAUCUACAAUCCCAAGUUUGGCCCACGAGAAGGAGAGGAAGAGAAGAAAAUCCUCUUUUACCAUCCUAGUGAUGUAGAAAAGAAUGAGAAAAUCCGCAAUGUGGGAUUGUGUGAAGCAAUAGUACAGUUUACUAGAACAUUCUGUCCAUCAAAACCAGCCAAGUCUCUACAUACACAGAAGAACAGGCAAUUCUUCUUUGAACCAGAAGAGAAUUUCUGGAUAGUCAUGGUGGUCCGAAACCCAAUGGUAGAAAAACCAAAUAAAGAGGGGAAACCACCAACUAUAGAGUAUCAGGAAGAAGAAAUCUUAGACACUGUGUAUGGCGCUGUAUUACAACAAUGCUACAGCAUGUACAAGCUCUUCAAUGGCACAUUUGCCAGAGCAAUGGAGGCAGGUGGAGUCGAGCUCCUCACACAGAAGCUUGAGAAGUUCUUUUAUAGGUAUCUACAAACUCUACACCUUCAGUCUUGUGAUCUUCUGGAUGUCUUUGGUGGGAUCAGUUUCUUCCCCUUAGACAAGAUGACCUACUUGAAGAUCCAGUCCUUUGUAAACAGAGUGGAGGAGAGUCUCAGUCUGAUCAAGUACACAGCCUUCCUCUAUAAUGACCAGCUCAUCUGGAGCGGUUUGGAACAGGAUGAUAUGCGGAUUCUGUACAAGUAUCUGACAACAUCCUUAUUUCCAAGGCAUUCUGAGCCAGAGCUUGCGGGCAGAGACUCUCCUCUCAGGCCAGAGGUGGCUGGGAACCUGCUGCACUAUGGGAGGUUUCUGACGGGACCCUCCAACCUAAAGGAUCCUGAAGCCAAGUUCAGAUUCCCAAAAAUAUUUGUGAAUACAGAUGACAGCUAUGAGGAGCUUCACUUAAUUGUUUAUAAGGCUAUGAGUGCUGCUGUUUGUUUUAUGAUCAGUGCCUCAGAAGAGUUGGGCCGUGAGUUCUGCGAGCAGCUGGAUGGGCUGGUGGGACCCCAGCUCACACUGCUGGCUUCAGACAUAUGCGAGCAGUACAACAUCAAUCGCCGGGUAUCAGGGCCAGACAAGGAGCCUCAGUUUAAGUUCAUCUACUUUAACCACAUGAACCUGGCUGAGAAGAGCACCAUCCACAUGCGAAAGACUGCCAGCGUUUCUCUGACCUCCGUGCACCCUGACCUCAUGAAGAUCCUUGGGGAUAUCCAUGCUGAUUUCGUGCGGGUUGAUGAGGAUGAGGAAAUUAUCGUCAAAGCAAUGACAGACUACUGGGUGGUUGGCAAGAAGUCCGAUCAGAGAGAGCUCUACGUCAUUUUAAAUCAAAAGAAUGCUAAUUUGAUCGAAGUGAAUGAAGAGGUGAAGAGAUUGUGUGCCACACAGUUCAAUAAUAUCUUCUUUUUGGAUUGAAAGAAGUUUGAAACUAUGGACCCUUUCCUCUACACUAUUAGUACAAAACUGGUGGAUAUGCUGGUAACAAAGACAGCAUAAUUUGUAAUGCAAUAAUUGCAUUGUAAAAAUAAUUCACAUCAAUUUUUUUAGAUUUUAUUUAACCAGUGGUUAAAUAUUCUUAUUUAACCCAAUGAUAGUUCACUGUUGUAAUUACCUGUAAUAUCAAUUUUAUCUUAAAUUAAAUUUAUUUUUCAAUGGAAUGUAAAUAUUAAGUUACAAUUAACAGUUAUUUUUGUUCUAUUUAGUUUUUCCUUUUUAAAAAGGUGUAUUGUAACACGGCAUUUAAAUGGAUAUACACAAACUUUGUAUUUGGCUUUAAUUGUCUCAUUACUUUGGAAUGCCAUCAUCUGAACAGUAUGUGGUUUGUAAACAGCCUAAAGUUUAAAUAAACUAAAAUUCUAAUUUUCCUUGUUGACUUGGUUUCAGUGUUUCUUGUAUUCAUCUUUCUACAUGUUAAUAGCAUUUAAAGUGAAUGAACAUUUUUCCAAUUGGGCAAUGAAAAAUAAGCAGUGCACUGAUGCUCUGUCCAAGAAAUGCAGUACUGUGACAACCAAGUCAAACGUAUAGCUGUAUGCCAUUAAGAGAAAUUUACAUUUUCAUAUGUUGUAACAUUACACUGGCCAAAUUUCCAGAAAUAAACAUUAUCCAGUUUAGUUUUUUCUUCACUUGUCUAUUUUGUAAAAUCUCUGUUUGUAAUGGAGUCAACGUGACCUGUGUUCACUCUCUAAGCCAGUACAGUGCAACCAAAUAGAAUGGGAGAGAUCACCUUAAUUCAACAGCGAGUGCAGCAGGGAGUGAGUCAUACUCUUUCUUACAUAGACCUUAAUUUACCCAAGUAUUACUUUUAUACUUAUAUACAGUACUAACCCUAACCCUAUGUCUGUUCCUGAGUGUCAGUGAUCAAUAAGAUGGGGAAUCCUGAGUAUAAUUAAUGGGAUAAGUGUCAUUUCACAUUGAAUUGGAGUUUGUGGAGAUAAGGUAUUUUUCUAUAAUUCAUUCAUUAAUAUCAAUAACUUGUCCUAAUGCAGGGUUGCAGUGGCCCAAUAGAUAUCCUGGC